AUGCCAGCGGGUCUCCUUUGCUGUGGCGGGAAAUUUCAGCAUGCAAAUACUAGAAAUGGAAAUGUUAUAGUUUUUGCUGCUCUUGUUGAAGCAAUGUCAGCACCUUCAGAAUAUGAGUGGGAAUUAUCCCGUGAAAAUAUUCGACCGCUUCGAGGCGGAAGAAAUGUCCGUUCAAUUAACACUGCGUUUGGUGUUGACAGGGAAUCAGUUUAUGAGGCGGAGGAAAAGUUUGAGAUGGUUAUGGAGGAGGCCGAAGGAGCAGAAGAUGCUCUGGAAUUAUGUUCAAAAUUCGUAGCAUGGUUUGAAGAGGCUUUCCCCACAGGCAAGCAGUCGCAUCUGUAUAAAUUUCUCGUCCGUAUUAUAAAUAAAUUUGGUAAUCGUGAGGCUUAUCGUGAUGACAAAAGGAUGAUGAAGCUCUGGUUCAAGCUUGCUGAAAAUAAACCUACCGUGAGUGCUGAGGCCUUUUUCGAACGGGCUUAUACGGCUGGCUGUUGUCGGCGAUUUGCGCAGUUUUAUAUUCGAUGGGCUGAGCUUCGCGAAGCGGGUGGUGAUUUAAAUGGUGCUCGUACAAUUUUGCUGAGGGGUAAAGAAAACGGAGCCGAGCCAGAUGCCGCUUUAAAUGAUGCCCUGGAUGCUUUAGAAAUGCGUCAUGCACGGUUACUACAGGAGGAGGAUGGCGAAUUUGAUCCUGAUAGUUGGGAACCACAAAGGAUUGCAUUGGGGGGUUUGGAUUGUUCUACUGCGACUCCUCUUUAUCGAGAUGCAUCUUCUGUAGCUGUCGGAAUUGCACACAACGAGCAGAAAAUGCAAAAACCUUCUAGUAAUAAAUGCACCUUUGAAGUUUUUCAGGGUGAUGAUGGCCUUGACACCAGCGAUCUUGUCCCACAUUACUUCGGUGAUGAUUUGGGAAGAAUCAGUUUUGAGGACAACAAAAAAGAUCCAACUAAGUGGAAGGACUUGGGAAUUGGAAUAAUCAAGAAAUCUAUCAAACGUGUGGAUUGCCCAUUUGAAGUACUCCAACUAAGUAUCGUAUUAAAUUUGCGAUCUGCUGAUCUGGUCCUUCGCAUUUUUUUUGAACCAUUGUACCUCAGCAAUGCUCUGAACUCAUGCGUUAGAAUAGAGACGUUUAGGCUUUCUGUUUUACUGCAGAAGGAGAUAUCACCUGAGGAACUUCGAGCAGGAAUUCAACUAGGUACAGUCGCUUGA